AUGGUACCCCUAAGGCCACUGCUGUUCUUCUUGCUGCUGGCCCUACAGGGUGGGCACAGCUGCCAUGGGCCUGACGUGGACCGGGAGCUUGUUCUGGCCAAGGUGAAGGCCCUGUUCCUGGAUGCCCUGGGGCUUCCAGCAGUGACUGGGGAAGGUGGGGACCCUGGAGUCAGGCGGCUGCCCCGAAGACAUGCCCUGGGAGGCUUCACGCGCAGGGGCUCCGAGUCAGUGGAAGAGGAUGUCUCUCAGGCCAUCCUUUUCCCGGCCACAGGUUCCAACUGUGAGGAUGAGCCUGCCACUGGCGUGUUGGCCCAGGAGGCUGCCGAGGGCCUCUUCACAUAUGUGUUCAGGCCGUCCCAGCACACACGCAGCCGCCAGGUGACCUCGGCCCAGCUUUGGUUCCACACUGGGCUGGAUGGGCAGGACCUCGCAGCCUCCAAUAGCUCUGGGCCCUUGCUCAGUCUGCUGGUGCUGUCAUCCGGGGGCCCCAAGGCUGUACCCAUGUCACUGGGCCAGGCACCCCCUCGCUGGGCCGUUCUGCACCUGGCCUCCUCUGCUCUCCGCCUGCUCACCCACCCAGUGCUGGUGCUGCUGCUCCGCUGUCCCCUCUGUUCCUGUUCAGCCCAGCCCGAGGCCACACCUUUCCUGGUGGCCCACACCAGGGCCAGUCCACCCAGUGGAGGGAAGAGAGCGCCGCGCUCCACUCCCCCGCUGCUGUGGCCUUGGUCUCCGGCUGCACUGCGCCUGCUGCAGAGGCCUCCAGGGGAACCGGCUGCCUAUGCCAACUGCCACAGAGCUGCCCUCAACAUCUCCUUCCAGGAGCUGGGCUGGGACCACUGGAUCGUGCACCCUCCCAGCUUUGUCUUCCACUAUUGUCAUGGGGGCUGUGGGCUGCCCACUACACCUGGCCUGCCCCUGCCGACCCCUGGGGCGACCUCCACCCCUGUCCAGCACCUCUCUUUGUUGCCAGGGGCCCAGCCCUGCUGUGCUGCUCUCCCGGGGACCAUGAGGUCCCUACGUGUCCGCACCACUUCAGAUGGCGGCUACUCCUUCAAGUAUGAGACGGUGCCCAACCUUCUCACACAGCACUGUGCCUGUAUCUGA